AUGUGUUCCACAAACGAUCGACUCAGCGAGGCUACUCAACCACCAAUGCCUUUAACCACCUGCAACAUGCAAACGGAAGAGAGCAAACGUCACUUAAUACACCGGCAACCCGUAAGCAAUCGGAUAACCUGCAGUAUAGAGAAGCACCUGCCGCCCCACUGUUGGUACAGCAGUGCUGCCCGACGGAUAUCGUACGGUGUGGUAGUGCUGUGCCUAGCACUGACCGUUUGCUUCCUUCCCACGGUGUCCGGUUCACCACAGUCUUCAUACUCUCAUCAUUCACAUCACCCGCACGGCCAUCACGAGCAGGCGGCUGUUCAUGGUGGUUCCAGUGGCGCCAGCUCCCAUCACGCUGGCAGUGGAUCAGCUUCAUCCUCCCACCAGCACGGUGGCGCAUCGGCGAGAUCCAGUGGAGGAAGUUCGAGCAGCAGUGGUCUCGGUGUGUACAUCAUACGUGCACCUGAAUCGACGAUCGCGCCCGCUGACGAUGAGGUACUGUUCGAGUGUGAGUUGAACCUGGUGCCGGAGCAGCUUGACUGGCGGUUUAGGGCACAGGGAACAACGGGACAGCGCAAAGACUACGUAUUAAUCCAGAACGGUCAUAAUGGAUAUAACGCAAGUAUCGUUGACGGUCGGUACAAGCUGCGCGUUUCGGUCAGCGAAUCCACGAUCGGAGAGUACCAGUGUGUGGCAUGGUUUGGAGCGUCGGCGGUCGCAUCAAUUCCGGCUCGCUUGACACUGGCAACGAUCGGACUCGAGCCGGAAGCUGUUCCCGGUCGGCACGAUCGUGUACCUACGACGAUGCGCCGCAUACAGCCACAGCAGCAUUUCAAGGUAUUUCCCGGCAACAGUAUUAUUAUCGACUGUGGUGAUAUCGUUUCGAACCCUCCACCAAUCUGGAGCUACUACAAAGAUGGCAUGACGAUCUAUCCGAAUGUGACACAACAGCAAACCGGUCGACGACUCAUAUUGGCCUCGCUAACUCAGCGUGAUACCGGCACGUACUGGUGUUCCGCGGUUAACUCCAUCACCGGCAGUGAGGUCAUUCUACCUCAGCGCACCACCAUCACGGUGGAGUACGUACCACGAUCGGCACCACAUGCCUUCACGCAGCCACAGAACGUUUCGGUGCUGCCCGGCGAUACGGCAUUGUUGGAAUGUCCCGGCGUUGGUAAUCCUGUGCCCAUACCCGCGUGGACGAGAGCCAACGGCAUCCCGUUGAAUGGUCGCGCCCGCAUCCAAGACUACGGACUACAGCUGUCCAACGUGCAUCCGGAAGACGAGGGCCAGUACAUGUGCCGGCUGCAGAACGGUAUCGAUCCUCCGCUGUUGCAUUCCGUGUGGUUAACCGUGCUAGAAUCACCCCGCAUCGUUGCACCGCCUCGAUCCACGCUAACCAACGAGAGUGACAGUUUGGAGCUGGAGUGCAUUGCACGCGGAUCGCCCCAUCCCGAUAUUUACUGGAUGAUAAACGGUGACUACGCCAAAUGGGACAAUCUGAUCCGUACGAAUGGGACGCGAAUGAUCAUCCAAUCGGUCGAAAAACGACACGCCGGUAUCGUGCAGUGCUUUGCCCGUAAUUCCGUCGGCGAAGCGAGCGAAGGCAAUCUGUUGCAGGUCAUCCCGAAGCAGAUACCCGGAGGCGUUGGUACGACACCGCUCGGUUCCGUACCGUCCAGCCCGAAGGCGGGUGGUGAUCAUUCGACCAAGCGCAAGGGUGGCAAGAAACACAAAAACCUGGUAAUGAUACCUCCGUCGCGGCCAAACAUCACCCGACUGACAGAUGAAUCGGUGAUGGUACGGUGGUCCGUCCCGUCCAGCGACGGAUUGCCGAUACGGUUCUUCAAGGUGCAGUACCGCAUGUUGGGCGAUCCCUCCAAAAACAUUGCCCGCACCCAGUGGAUGACGGAGAACGAAGACAUCUCACCGUACACACGCUCGUACGAGGUGAACAAUCUUAAGUCGGAUCAUCUCUACCGGUUCCGGAUUCUUGCAGUGUACUCGAACAACGACAACAAGGAGGGAGCGGCAUCCGGCAAGUUCCAUCUCCAGCGGGGCUCUCAGCUCGGCCUGACAAAGAACCAUCUGCUAGCGCCGACACUCACCCGCAUCGAGCCCGUCUCUCAGCAUGCGGUGGUGCUACAGUGGCAAUUCCCGCAACAUCUGCCACAUCCGAUCGAUGGGUUCUACGCGUACUAUCGGCCCGCCACUACAGCCGGCGAGUAUUUGAAGGCCACGGUGGACGGUAGCACAACGCGUCACUUCAAGAUCGAUCACCUAGAACCCGGGACGGCCUAUGAAUUCAAGCUACAAUCAUUUACCGCUUCGGCUGCAUCCGAUUUUAGUGCGAUUUUGACGGGCAGAACACUGAAGCCACCGACUCCACCACCGACCGUACCGACGGUGAUCGCGGCCGCAGAAGGACCCGACGGAAGCCAAGUGGUACCGGUCAACUACCUGCUCGUGAUCGGCUGCGUGCUGAUCGUGAGCGUGUUGAUCGUGCUAUUUCUUUGCUGUUGCUUUAGUCGUCGCAAAAAGCGAGGUCAUGGUGCUGAUGAAACAGAGGCCAAAGUACACAUUCCGGUCGAUCAGAACGGAUUUACCGGUGCUGUCAGCAAUGGUGGUUCACGGGUAGCACAUCACAAGACGCGAACGAAUGGCAUGAACGGACGGAUGAACAUCACGCCCAACCCGUUGGCACAGGAUGGCGACAAGAAUCGCACCGUGAUGGAGCUGCGCUUCCUGCCCAACACGCUGGUAGAGGGUGACCAGCAGCAGCAACAGCAGCGUCCGGUUACCAAUCCGAUCGAGGGUGGAUGGAGACGAAAGAAACGCAACGCAGCUGUAGUGGACGUGCCGAAGAACGAAACCGGUGAUGGAGGCGAUGGUAGCGAUGAAGGCGACGUUACGAACCCGAACUCGACGACAAACUCCAGCGAACUGCCUGCCACUAAUAACAAUCAUCAAUCGAUUCCCAACCAACAGCAGCAACAUCAUCUUCAGCAGCAGCAACAACAGCAGCAGCAGCAACCCCACAUUGGCGGUGGACUUCCACCACUACAUCAUCCAAGUGCCGCCACGGUGGCAAUGAACAGCUGUGGCAUUCCUCAGCAGCAGCAGCAGCAGCAACAGGAGCAGAUGAUGCUUGCCUCCAUGCCUCAUCGCCGUACGCUGGAACGGACUGCGGUGCGGCCGAUUCCAAAUGGAGCCACCAUUGCGUACGGUAUUGAUCCGAAGCUGAUGCUCGAUGGCACCGUGCCCGUGCCCGACUGUAGGCAGUCCUCCAUCAGGCGUACACGGCGUGGUUCGGGUUCCGUACCCGGCAGUCCACGGAUAGGCCGUGGACCGAGCAGUGAGUUCCUUCAGCAGCAGCAACAACAACCGGGCGUAACGGUGGCACGCUCACCGAUGCCGUUGCGGGCCGCCGGCAUGAAACGAUCAGCUGCCGCUGCCACCCGACUCGGGCGGGCCGAGAACAUGUCGUCGGGAAGUUUGAACAGUAUUGAGGUAUGA